AUGGAGUUACUCGACAAGACAAUCAAAAUCAAACUUGAGGCAUUUAUGUAUGAUAUCAAUAAAAUUUUAUCGGAUACUAUAAUACAAGGAUUUGAUGCUAUUGAAGCUCUUAUCAAUAUUGACAGUUUUUUGGAAGCGGAGCAAGGUAUGAAAAAUCUCAGUCGUGUACAGCGUGAAUUAGCAGCUUAUUGUACAUCGACUGCUUUGAUCGAAAAAAGUAAAGAGCUUAGAGAAAGAUUGGAUGGUAUAGUUAAUGAGAUCUUACAACGUGACUUUGAAGACAUUAAUACAUAUUCCAUGAAUUCACCAAAAGAUCUUAUCACAAAAUUAAGGAUAAUUGCAUUACGUGGUAAUGCUAGAUUUAAUCAAGUCUACAAUAUUAUGUUGGGAAAAAUCAGGCAAAAUUUUAGUACAGCUAUAGAACAAGUACGUGCUGCAGCGUUGGAGGAACGUGCCAAUAAGGAGAUCGAUUCCAAAUUAAAAGAUAUUUUACCGUUCAAAGUGGAUAUUGAUAAGUUAGAAGAAGAGCUGAAAAAGAAGAUCCAAAAACUUGGCGCUCAACUACUUGCGAUCGCAUCAAAAGGCGAGUUGUCUUCACGAGACUCCGAUCAAUUUCGUAUGUUUUACAACCAUCUAGCAUCAUUGGAUAAAUAUACAGCUAGGAUAGGGUUCGAUGCUCGACAAUUUUUAGAUGCAUCAGAGGAGAAAAUUUUUGAUCAAGUAAUGUCCUUGAGCAAAGAGAUAAGAUCUUCAAGUUCGGAUGUUCCAAAAGUCGCUAAGUUGUUAACUAAAAUGAAAUUUUUUGCUGAAAAUUUAUCGAUGUUCGAUAAUAAAAUCAAUGAAGAGAUCGACGAGAUACUUAAAAUUUACAAACAACAAGAAGGUCCGGCAGUACUUAUGCAAUUGACUAUGAUAUUAGAAAAAACAGAUAUCGGUGCGCGAUUAAUAUCCGAGCAUUCUUCUUUAAGUGGAGAAGAUUGGCGAAGACGACGUGAAAAAAUGCAAAAUCAGGAUAAUUUGGAGUAUGUUCUGAAAGAAUUAGCCGGCGACGAUAUUACAACAGAUGUUUUAGCUACAUGUUAUCAAACUUUUAGGGCAACGUAUGACGAUUUAAUAUCUCGAAUUUUAGGAGUAUUUGAUCAGAAAAAAGAUAACGAACCUGAUUUAGAAGUAUUAAUCAAUCAAACUAAAGCUCUUGUGGCAACAGUAACUAAAAAACCGAAUACUAUUAUUUGGGAUCACUCUUUCAAAGAUAAGAUUCCUGAAUUAUUGGCGCAUAUUUUCGCUGUCUGGACUUUGAAAAACACGCAACAUUAUAAUGCAUUGCGCGGUAUUGAAUCUGCACGCGCAUAUUUGCUAAUGCCUCAUGUUGCACAAGUUCUUGCCAUUUUCCGUAUUCUUGGUAUUGGCUACAAUAAAUACACAAAAAUCAAAGGAUCUAAUAAAUCUUUAACAGAGAAAAUCUCUGAUGAUUUGAUUAAUAAUCUAGUAGAGAUAGGAACAGGUGAAGGCAAAUCAGUUGUAAUGGCAGUAACAGCGUGCGUUUUCGCUCUCUUAGGAGUGGAUGUCAAUUGUUCAUGUUAUAGUGAAGUAUUAAGUGCACGAGAUAAGAAAGAUUUUGCUUCAGUUUUUCGUGCUCUCGGAGUAGAAGAACGUAUUGAAUAUGCGAUGAUUGGUAGAAUUACACUGUUAACUCGAACAUUCGGACGAGGUACUGAUUUUAUCUGUCGUAAUCAACAACUCUUACUUAAUGGAGGUAUGCAUGUACUUCAAACAUUUUUCUCUGAAGAAUUAUCUGAAGAAUACCAAAUUAUAGGUAGAGGUGCACGACAAGGAGAUUAUGGCUCAUACAGAAUGAUUUUGCUAGAUAAAGAUUUAGAAUGGGUUCUCGGUCCUAAUUGGAAGACAGAGCUACCAAAAAUAUUAGGCACUACUCUUUAUGCAGCUUUGAAUAAGGCUCGCAAUGCAAUUUAUGAAAGUAAAUGUGCUGCGAAAGAACUUGGUAUAGAGCAAUGCAAGCAUGAACAUAAUGCUUCUAAAGAAUUUAUGACUGCAUUAUCCGAAGUGGAGGGAACAACAAUACCACUUUAUUGGAAAUAA